AUGUCUCCAUAUCAGUUGGUUUAUGGUAAGGCUUGUCCUUUGCCCGUCGAGUUAGAACACAAAGCAUUGUGGGCAUUGAAAGCUUUAAAUUUGGACUGGUCAAAAACUUUAAGAGAGAGGGUAGAGCAGUUGAACGAACUGGACGAAUUUAGACUCAGAUCGUAUGAAAGUUCAAUCAUCUACAAAAAUAAGAUGAAGAAAUGGCAUGAUACUCGGAUACUCAAGCGGGACUUUAAGGUAGGAGAUUGGGUUUUGUUAUACAACUCUCGACUUAGACUCUUCCUUGGAAAGCUCAAAUCCAAAUGGUCUGGACCUUUUAGAGUAACGCGAGUGUUCACCAAUGGUGUCAUAAAAGUUGAAGAUCAGGAAGGACCUCCAUUUAAAGUGAACGGUCAACGUCUGAAAUUAUAUUUUGGGGAUUGUCAAGAGAUUUCUUUGGUUGAAGUGGUGUAUUUGGAAGACCCCUGA